AGCUAUAGUAAUGUCAUAAUCCACCUCCAAUGGACAGGCAAUAUGGUUAUUUUGUUUUGGUUGUUGUGGUCUAUCUCGUGCUUGCGAAAAGACCCGUAUAUCCCUCGACUUAUCCACAAGCCAUAUUGCCCUAUUGUCUCACCAUAUCAACUGAGCGACUCACUGCAAGAAGCCAAGAAAGGACCCCUAGAUUUGAAGCUAAAAAGCAAAGAAGGAAUGGAUGGGUUUCAGCAGUUUGGUGUGCCGGUGGUGGGAAUAGUUGCCGUAGCUGCUAUUACUUUCUAUGCUGUAAGCUUUAUGGAGAUGAGCGAGAAGUCUUUCAGAGACUUGGAUGAAAAAGAAGAUUCCGAAAAUGGAGGAUUCAACCCUGCUCUUAGAUUUAAAGAGAGGACUGCUAGAAAAAAGGCUCGAAAACAGACCAAACCUUGAUUCAUCCUCUCUCUAUUUACUCUCUUAAUCUUAGUUUUAUGUUAUACUGGGUGUUUAUUAGUUUGAAAUUGUAUUCAACACUAGCCACUUUAAUAUUUUAUGUGAAGAUAUUUGAAUUUUGAUAGCUUGA